UCUUCUCCCCAAAUGUCUCGCGGCCUCACCUCUCCAGUCUCCACGAGUCCACCGCCGUCUUCCUCCAAUGGCGAUGAGCUGCUCAGCGUUUAACUCCGUAGCAUCUUCUCCGAGAGCAUUGCAACACACGAGAUUGAGAAAAAUCAGCACCCACGCCGUCCGAAUCGAUGAGCAGCGGCGGCGGCGGCGACGACGCGGGGGACGGCGGGCGGGCCGAGUGGCAGCGCAUCUACGACCGGGUCGAGGCGCUCGCCGCCGGCCGCGCGCGGCUGGAGGCGCGCAACAGGAUCCAGCACGAGUUCUGGGACGCCCGCCUCCACCAGGCGGAGCUGAGCAGAAGCAGGUGGGAGGCGGCCUGCAGGGAGCUGCUCCCUUCCGAUGAUCCCAAGCUCGCCGAAAUGCUAGAGAGUGAUUUGGAGGAUUCAAGAACUUGUGAAGCUCUCUUGGACACCGAAAACUCAGAACUGCUGGUACAGCUGAAGGAAGUUGGAACUUGUGUACUGCUUAAUGAAAACACUGCGGAUCAUGAGCACAAUUCCGGAGAUUUAAUAUCAGAGCGAAGAAAGUUAAAGCAGGUCUAUGAGUCCAUAUGCUCGAAUAAGGAUAAGGAAGCUACUGAAGCAGUGCAGAAGUUUCAACAGAAGUUAGAGGAGCUGCACGUGGCAGCCUGUAAGAAGGAUGAUGAGAUUGGAAGAUUGCAGGCAGAAGCUCCUGCAUCCACAAAUAAGACACUGGUUCUUGAGGACAAGCUAAAUGAGAUGCACUCCUUGGAUAAGGCGAAUGACAUCCAGAGCCUCAAAGUUGGGCAACCUGUGACUCAUAAACACAAGCUUGCCUUCUUAUCAACUAUACAAUCCAAGGAAGCUGGAAAUAGUGUAGAGAUUAUUCAAGAGAAUGCAGAUCAUGGGGCCAUCGCAGGAGAUUUAAGAGCAGAGCUAAGAAAACUGAAGCAAGCUUAUGAGACCCUUAGCUCAAACAAGGAUAAGGAAAUUUCUGCAGCACUUGCAGUGGAGGAUUUUCUUUUGAACAAACUGCUGAGAAUGGACAAGGACAGCGCAGGGCUCCUCAAGAUAAAGGAAGUGGAGGCAGCACAAGCUAACGAAGCAGCACAAAAGCUUCAACAGAUUGUAGAGGAGCUGCAAGUGGCAGUCCGAUAUAAGGCUGACGAGAUUGGCAGAUUGCGAGCAGAAGCGGGGCCCCUUAAGAUAAAGGAAGUGGAGGCAGCACAAGCUAACAAAGCUGUGCAAAUGCUUCUGCAGAAUGUAGAGGAGGUGCAAGUGGCAGUCAGAAAUAAAGAUGAUGAGAUUGGCAAAUUGGGAGCAGAAGUGGGGCACCUUAAGAUAAAACAAGUGGAGUCAGCACAAAAGCUUCAGCAAAAUGUAGAGGAACUGCAAGUGGCAGUCCGAAAUAAGGAUAUUGAGAUUGGCAGAUUGCAAGCAGAAGCGGGGAUCCUUAACAUAAAAGAAGUGGAGGCAGUAAAAAAGUUUCAGCAGAAUGUAGAUGUGCUGCAAGUAGAAGUACGAAAUAAGGAUGAUGAAAACUGUAGAUUGCGAGCAGAAGCUGCUAAUGCAUUAAAAAUGGUACUGACUCUUGAGGGUAAGCUACUGGAAAUGCAGUCCUUGGUUAAGGAGAAGGACGAUGAAAUACAAAAACUGAAAAUUUGGCAACCUGAGAGUCUGAAAUGCAAAUGUGCUUCUUCUAUACCAGUUAUGAAGAUCAGUGUCAGGGUACACAACGGCAUGAGCAGGUGCCACUCUCUUGAGGUUGCGGAAUCAGACCUGAUUUACAAUGUGAAGGCUAAGUUGAAGGCGGAGGUCUUGUUUAUAGACGAUGCCGUAAUAGAGUAUGGCAGUAAGACGCUGGCGGACAGCUGUGCCCUGAAGGGUCUGCACAUCCAGGAGGGGGCCCAAUUUGAAGUCCGAUAUCCGAACCUAAUCUUUGUGAAGACACCGACUGGCAGAACAACUCGGUUAUUGAUUGAUGAUCACUUUUCAGACACUACCAUAUACAGUCUAAAGGAGAAGAUAGCCAAUGAAAUCGGAGUUGCCCCAGAUGAGCAGCGCCUCAUCCAUGCUGGGAGGCAGGUGGAGGACGACCGCACCUUUGCUGACUACUACAUACAGCAUGGGUCUAUCCUUCAUGUUUUGGUGAGACCCCGUGAAGCCAAAGCCCAGAUCUUUGUGCGGACGUUAACUGGCAGCAAGACGAUGAAUUUUUGGAUUGAUCAUCACUUUUCAGGCACCACCAUACGUAGUCUAAAGGAGAUGAUAGCCAAUGAAAUCGGAGUUGCUCCAGAUGAGCAGCGCCUCCUCCUUGCUGGGAAGCAGGUGGAGGACCACCGCACCUUUGCUGACUACCGCAUACGACCAGAGUCUAUCCUUCAUGUUGUGUUGAGCUUGAAACCAAAUGUUGACAAUCCCCGAAUAAAAAAGAAAAGGAAACUCUAGGUUGACAAGGCCGUGAAGAAUGCGAGCAAGUGAUCCGAAGCCGAAGCCACGGUUCAGCUUGUUGAUGUCCGCUUCCCUGCUUCUACAGUUCAGAGUUUCAGAGUUCCGAUGCCCACAAGUAUUGUGUAUGUCACCUGGGAGGCUGGGACGUGUUGUCUGCACGUAACAGGGGACUAAACUUUUGUUGAUUUCGCCGUACUUAUUAAUAGGGGACAUAUGAGUAUGUGGCUCGGACCAACUAGUAGAUUGUUGAUUGCGCGCAUCACGUGAAUGAGAUGGCCUUUAUUUGCAUCAACUAAACCCAAUUGCGAAUA